UUCUUCUGUGACAGCUUUGGUCUGUAACAGCAAGUUCUGCUUCACCAGGUUAAAGGCCAUGGAUCAUCAUAUCAUUCUACUAAUGUUCCUGGCCAUCCAGCUACUCUCUGCUACAGCAACACCCUGUGAAAAGAAAAUCACCAUUAGAAGUUGCCCAAAGCUAUGGAUCGUCAAGAACAAAACAAAUGGCAUAUAUGUUUUGAAAGUCACAUGUAUUUCACGUUCUGAAAAUGACUUGAAACUGGUGUUAAGAGCUUUGCCAAAGGAUUGUUCUGGGCACAAUGACGGUACCUACCUGUUCCUGGAAGGUCCGGAAGGAGCUCUAGGAAACAAUAACAAAAUGUGUAAAAACUGCUGCCGAAAACAUUCGUGCUCUGCUCCAGAUUUUUGCAAGGACAAUGAAGAGAGAAUAAUGUUAUUCUUUAAACCAACCGAUUUACGAGUUGAAAUAGAAUUAAAAGAUUCUACCUGUAAACUGUCUGAAACUCCAAGUACUUUUGAUGAAACAAGUUCGUCUCUGGUGUUGUUUAAUGAAGCAAAAAGUUGGAUUGAAGCUUUGAAUAACUGCGAUCAACUGAGUUCCUCUCUGGUCGAAAUAACUAACCAGACAGUUUGGGAGGAGCUACAGAACAUGUUGGUAAACAAGGCAGAAUUGCAGAGAGGGGUCUGGGUCGGCCUCGAGCGCUCCAUUUUUGGCACCAACACAAAGUGGCAGUGGACAUCAGGAGCCAAAGUGGAACAGUCUAAGUGGAUCAGCAGUUUUCCGGCUGAUGGUCUCAACAAUCACUGUGGAAAGAUUGUCUGGAAUAAUCAGUCAAAAAACAUCCAACUGCUUGAUGCCAACUGCCAUGAUGAAUUACCCUUCAUCUGCCAAGAUACGACUGUGAUGCCUGAAGACUAAACUAAUCUUACUCUGGAGGAUUAUUUUGAGUCACUGCUGGUGCAUUUCUCACAUGCCUUUCAAAUAAAAUUUUGUUUUUUCUUACAUAUUUUUUUUUCUUUUGUACAGCAUAAU